AUGAUCACUGAAACUUCAGAUGCCCGAAAGGGCACGACAGCCGAACACCAAGAGUCUAGGAAGCAAAAGCAAGACAAUCGAGCAAGGGAAGAACGCAGCCCACACAGUGCAACGGUUCCGCAUUGCACCGAAAGCACCAGUAAAACCAACACUCCCAUAAAGCUCGAAUGGGCUUUCGGCUUCGACAAGGGCAUUCGAAAUGGCGUGCACAGUCUUACAAGAGGCCCAAACUCGGAGAAAGCAAUUUUCUUUCCUGCAUCCAACACUGGUGUAAUUCAUAUGUACAAUGAAGAGGGACUGAAAGCCAAAGCCGAGAAGCAAGUGCUUCUGCGAGGCCACAUCAACCACAUAUCAGGUGUUGCCAUCUCAGAAGACAAAGAGUGGAUUGCAACUGCAGAUACGGGAAAGGCAUCUAAAUCGCGCACACUGUCUUUUCCGGUUCUAGGGGUUGUAUCAGUUGAUUUCACGCCCGAUGCAAAGCUUAUCGUUACGCUAUCGGCGCUUAUCCCCGAAGCAUACAUCAUCGGGAGAGCACCUUCUCAGGAGACAUCUAAUUACCAAAAUUCAACACUCCAGGACGCCCUUGAGGCUACAGAAACUUCCGACGCUCCUCAAGAGAAUGAGAACGGCCUUGAUGCUGACAUCUACCAGGGAGUGGCUAUUUGGAAUUGGAGGGAUUCUGGGCAAGCCCCACAUUCAUUUGACUGUUCUUUGCUAUGUAGCACCUGUUGUUUUAUGUAUAGGAAAAAUAAUUUAAGUGUAUCAUUACAUUCGGGUGAAUUUCAGGAAUGCGCCGUUGAGAGUUGCGGUUAUCGCCACCCCAGAUAUCCAAGCACGACGGAUGGGGACGUGGUCAUGUGGAACCUGAGUCUUAUUCUUGACGGGCUUAGUAGGCCUGAUGAGCGCCGGGCAGUGUCAAUCCUUAGACUGCGAGACUCCUGCGUCACUUGCUUACAAACAGUUCAAGACCGUUUGAUCGUUGCAGGCUUCGCUGAUGGAACAGUUUGUUUCUAUGACGUGCAGCUUCGACUUGUCAGGUGUUUUGAAUAUCUAGAUGCUGUGAGUCCAGUCAAAGAACAGCUCGUCGCGCACAAAACCAUAGAAUUUUAUCAUUGCUGA